AUGGCGUCUUCAUCACACUAUACUUCUGAUGAUUCUGAUGAGUUUGAAGAUGUACUUGAUGAAUCUUUUGAUGCAAUAUUUGAGCGAAAAUUCGAAGAAGCAUAUGAAGAGAUCAUAGAACGUCUUGCAACCGCCAAGAAAAAAAAGAAGAAAAAAGCAUACAUUGAACGAGAACGGGAACAAGGUCAAAUCCGGUUAUGGAAUGACUACUUCUCGGAAGAUGCAAUCUAUCCUCCACACAUAUUCCGACGGCGUUUUCGCAUGAACAAGACUUUAUUCAUGCGGAUUGUGGAUAGGCUAUCUGAAGAGGUUCCAUAUUUCCAACAAAGACGGAACGCUACCGGUCGAUUAGGGCUAUCAGCACUACAAAAAUGCACAGCCGCAAUUCGGAUGAUGGCGUAUGGCUGUGAAGCAGACGCGGUGGACGAAUACUUGCGUAUAGGUGAAUCUACCGCAAUUUUAUGCUUGGAAAAUUUCACUUCAAGCAUAAUAGAGUUGUUUGGAGAUCAAUACCUUAGACGUCCCACACCAGAAGAUCUCAAACACCUCCUCGAUGUUGGAGAGUCACGUGGCUUUUCAGGGAUGAUAUGA